UUCAACACGGCCCCCCCCGAUGAGUUUUGAAGGCGGAGGAAGGAGACCUUUUAAAAUCCCCCUCUUCCCUCUGCUCCGCCCCCCCGCCCGGUGUUGUUUCCAACCUGGACAGUCCUGACCUCUGCUGAAUCCCGCGUUUGUGCUGCUACUGCCCUCGUUGCCCGCCCCGCCCCGAAAGCGUCAUAAACAGGGGAGAAAGCAGCCGGCUGCGGUACCUCCGCUCUUCGGAGGCUGCUGUCCCUUGUGUUGCCAAGGGUAGCACUGACCGGCACCAACUCAGGACGCCUUGCCCCGGGGGCUGCCUUCCCGCCCCCCGUUGCAAGCCAGGAGGAAGCAGAGCAAAAGCUUCCAGGCAGACAACCCUCUUCCCCCCGGUCCAGCCCCGCGCCCCGCAGGAGCGAUCCCCUCCAGGCCCCGCGGGGGCCCCGCGCCCGGGCUCCAGCAGCCCCGGGACCCGCGAGGUCAGAGGGCCGGCGCUGCAGCGCCGAGCCUCUCACAAGGGUAAAAGGGGGUGUGGCCGGAGCGCGGUGGCGUCACUCUGCCUCUGGGCCAGUGAGAGGCCGACCUUGGGGAGCCAGGGACCAAUGGGAGGCGAGGUGGGUCUGUGAGUGGCAUUAAGGGAGGGCUAGGCUGAGGCUGGGAGAGAAAUGAAGUUGUGCUAAAAAAGCCUUUUAGCCAUAAAGAAGUUAUUAGGCAUUUCUCAGCCUCAAAUUAGGGCUACUUCAUUAAUAUCAGCUUCGUCCUCAUUAUGGGAGAGGGAGAGUCUGCAAGCACAUAAAGGGGAUAGGAAGGAGGCAAUAUCUGUCUACCCAGCUCGGGGAGAAGCAAACUUUCCCUCUGCUCUUAAUUAUCUCAAUUAAAGAGCUGGGCUACUCACCCUGGGAAAGCUCUCUGCAGACUGCUGGGUGCGGGAUUGAAGUGGCACGAAGAAAGUUACCUGAGCCAGAUCCCUGCUGAAGGAGCCUAAAAACCAAUGACUUCAGGCCCCGGAUGGACAGCAGAAGACUAAAAUAAAAGGAAUUAUUAUGUCUCUUUCCCGAGGAGCUAUGUUUACAGCAAUGAGCAGAAGGAAAGGACUGACCUCCCUCCUUGGGGCGCGGGCUGGUGCGGGAGGCAUUUAGUUUUCUCUGCAGCCCCUUGGAUUGUCCGAGCUGCAUCGAAAAAGCACCUUUCCGAAGCCGCUUGCAUUCAGCUAACGUCAAUCUUAAAGUGAAUCUAUUAUAUAUAUCUAUAUACACACGCGGACACACAUAUAUAUGUGUAUUUUUCAACGUAACUCCUGGCCUUUAAUUGUUUUUAAACAAAACAAGCAAACCAGCCGCGCUCAGCAAGGAUGCUUGAGGCUUCUGCAAGAUGAAUUGUCGCUGAAAGUUUCUGCCCCCGCUUUGGAUGAAGCUGUGGAGUUUAAAUUGUAAGAAGGAAGGGGGAAAAAACCACAAUGAAAGAGAAAUCCAAAAAUGCUGCCCGGACUAGACGGGAGAAAGAAAACAGUGAAUUUUAUGAACUGGCUAAAUUACUGCCUUUGCCCUCGGCCAUCACCUCUCAGCUGGACAAAGCAUCCAUAAUCCGGCUCACCACCAGCUAUUUAAAAAUGAGGGUGGUUUUUCCUGAAGGACUUGGAGAAGCCUGGGGCCACUCUAGUCGCACCAGCCCUUUGGAUAAUGUUGGACGGGAGCUGGGAUCUCAUCUUUUGCAGACUUUGGAUGGUUUCAUAUUUGUGGUGGCCCCCGAUGGCAAGAUCAUGUACAUCUCAGAGACGGCCUCCGUUCACCUGGGUUUAUCGCAGGUAGAGCUGACCGGGAACAGCAUUUAUGAAUACAUCCACCCCGCCGACCACGACGAGAUGACCGCGGUGCUCACAGCACACCAGCCUUACCACUCCCACUUCGUGCAGGAGUACGAGAUCGAGCGGUCCUUCUUCCUAAGGAUGAAGUGUGUCCUGGCCAAGAGGAACGCCGGCCUGACCUGCGGGGGCUACAAGGUUAUCCAUUGCAGCGGGUACCUGAAGAUCCGCCAGUACAGCCUGGACAUGUCCCCCUUCGAUGGCUGCUACCAGAACGUGGGCCUGGUCGCUGUGGGCCACUCGCUCCCUCCCAGCGCAGUGACGGAAAUCAAGCUGCACAGCAAUAUGUUCAUGUUCCGAGCCAGCCUGGAUAUGAAGCUCAUAUUCUUAGAUUCCAGGGUAGCUGAGCUAACAGGUUACGAGCCUCAGGACCUGAUCGAGAAGACCCUCUACCACCACGUCCAUAGCUGUGAUACUUUCCACUUGCGCUGUGCUCAUCAUCUGUUGCUGGUGAAAGGGCAAGUGACCACCAAGUAUUACCGCUUCCUGGCCAAGCAUGGCGGCUGGGUGUGGGUGCAGAGCUACGCCACCAUCGUGCACAACAGCAGAUCUUCGCGGCCCCACUGCAUCGUCAGCGUUAACUACGUCCUCACGGAAACUGAAUAUAAAGGACUACAACUAUCCUUGGAUCAGGUUACAGCAACAAAGCCAUCGUUCUCAUAUGCAAAUUCAACUCCAACUAUAACGGACAACAGAAAAGGAAGCAAAUCACGCCUCUCAAACACAAAGUCAAAAUCAAGGACAUCACCAUAUCCACAGUAUUCUGGAUUUCAUACAGAAAGAUCUGAAUCUGACCAUGAGAGCCAGUGGGGUGGAAGCCCACUCACUGAUACUGCUUCUCCACAAUUACUGGAACCUGCUGAGAGACCAAGCUCACAACACCAUGAUGUCUCCUGUGCCUAUAGACAGUACUCGGACCGCAGCGCUCUCUGCUAUGGCUUUGCACUUGACCAUUCUAGGUUGACUGAUGACAGACAUUUCCAUACUCAGGCCUGUGAAGGUGGCAGAUGUGAAGCUGGUAGAUAUUUCCUGGGCACACCACAGCCUGGAAGAGAGACUUGGUGGGGUUCUCGUUCAGCACUGCCCCUGACCAAAUCAUCCCCUGAAAGCAGAGAAGCAUAUGAGAAUAGCAUGCCCCACAUAACUUCAGUUCACAGGAUUCAUGGGAGAGGACACUGGGAUGAGGAUAGUGUUGUUAGUUCACCUGAUCCAGGCUCUGCUAGUGAAUCAGGAGACCGAUAUCGUCCUGAACAGUAUCAGAAUAGCCCACAUGAGCCCAGCAAAAUUGAAACUCUAAUAAGAGCUACUCAGCAAAUGAUUAAGGAGGAAGAAAACAGGCUACAGCUACGGAAAACAACUCCUGAUCCAUUGGUCUCUCUUAACGGAGCAGGGAAAAAACACUCCCUUUGCUUUGCUAACUACCAGCAGCAGCAGUUGACAGGCGAUGUCUGUCAUGUUCCUACAGUUGCCAACACCUCUCCAUGUGAACACAUUCAACAACGAGACGGGAAGAUUAUGAGCCCACAUGAAAAUGACUACGACAACAGUCCUACGACACUGUCUAGAAUAAGCAGCCCAAAUUCUGACCGAAUUUCAAAGUCCAGUUUGAUACUAGCUAAAGACUAUCUGCAUUCAGACAUGUCCCCACAUCAAACCACAGGAGACCAUCCAGCAGCUUCUCCAACCUAUUACAGCCCACACAGGCAGUACUUUGAUAAGCAUGCUUAUACGUUAACUGGAUAUGCUCUUGAACAUCUAUAUGACAGUGAAACUAUUAGAAACUAUUCCUUGGGCUGUAAUGGAUCACACUUUGAUGUGACUUCUCAUUUAAGGAUGCAGCAAGAUCCAGCACAGGGACACAAGGGGACCUCUGUUAUAAUAACCAAUGGAAGCUGACAUUUUUUUCUAAUAUAUUUUGUUCUUUAAAAAACAAAACAAAACAAAAAACCCCCUUUGAAAUGUAAUUGGAAGAUAUAUAUGUUUUAAGGCCCUGGUUACCAGCAUUUGAUAUACCACAAUGCACUAGAGAAAAUACCUAAAGUACUGGGGAAAAGUUAGUAGAUGUGUUCAUUUAAAAAUAAUGCACUGGCAUUAGGGUUAUAGUGAAUACAACUAAAUACAAUGUGGCUGUCAUAUUAUAUAGAAAAGCUGGGAAAGGCUUGGGCUGGGCUGGCUAAGCAGACUUUUGGUAGACCAGUUGAGCAGUUUAUGCACCCUGGGCUCAUCUGGACAAGAUGCUUUACUGUACAGCAGAUUAAUUUGCUGCACAGUAAAGCAUCACCGUCUACAUGUACAUGUGAGUGGCAGUUAGGGUGCAGUAGACUAACUUACUGUGCUGCCAGAUUGUCCCAUCAGAUACAAGUGGUAUCUGGUAGCACAGUAUUUUACUGAGCUUAAAUGCACAUGUAGACAGUGACAUAGGGAUUAGUUUACUCUGGUUCAAUUUGAGAUGCAGUAUAUUUCAGUUGUAUAAAUUGCACAUGUAAACGCACCCACUGACUAAUUUAAUACAUACUAAAGCAUCAGCGUCUACAUGUGCACAGCACUUACCAUGUGGUAUUUUUGUCUAAUGUGCUGUUUUCUAGUACCUGUACAUACAGAUACUAGAAAUUAGUGCAUUAAACUGAUGCACCGAAGCACACAUGUAGAUGCUGACUGGAAGCAAAUUGCUCUCAGUCAGCCUAGGCAGCAGGGGGCCACAGGAGAUGGAGAGAGCUGUCCUGGCUCAGCAGGAUGCUGCCUCUCAGUUGCUUGGAGUUUGGGACCUGUCUUCAUCUCAGUGUGACUGGGAGAGCUGUCCCAGCUGCUGGGCAGCUGCCUCCAGGCCACAUGGAGAUUGGGACGGGAUGGGUACUGGGGGUAAGUUAGUAGACACAUCUCAAUCCCAUCAGAUGGGAUGGAUACUGAUCACCAGGAAUCCUGGUUUUCUCCCAUUAAAAAAAAUCCCUAAUUUUUGGUUUAAAAAAGUAACCCAAAAUACACAUUUUUCCAUGCUUAAAACGAAACACGACUAAUAUAUAUAUAUAGGUGAGAAUUGGGGAUUUUUUUAUCAGAGAAAACUAGGAUCCUGGCUGACUACCACAUAGCUGGGAAGCAGUUGCCUGGCAACUGGUAUGGCUCUCCCCUGCCCUGCAGAAUCAGGAUCAGCCCUGUAUACCCUCUGCCAGCAUGGGGUUGAUGCCUGAGGAAGCCAGGCAGUUUAGGGCUGCUCCUGCCCUGCUCUGCCCACCUGCAGCAGCAGCAGGUGG